CAGAUGUGUACAUUAUAGGGAGGAGGUGUGGAAGAAGAAGAGAGGCAAUUGGUGGAAGAGAACGAAAGAAACUGCGGAGUCAGUCACUUCCGCAAUCUGCACCGUGUGAGCUACCGGGACUGAAGCCUAUUUGUUCCCGUUUGGACCCCGCAUCCUGCGGGAUAAAGCAGCAGCAGCACCCCGGCAGAGGAAGCGAGAUCCAGCGUUAGAGAGAGUCCAGAGUCCGGGGAAGAGGAGGAGACAUCAGGGUCUGGUCUCCCAGCGGCUGAAGGCUCAGACUAUCUCCGAAAGAGAGCGCAGAUCCGCCGGGAACAUGACUGCAGACGUGGCGGUGUCUCUCUCUUUGCUCGCCGGGAUCGUCGCGCUGAGCGACGCGACCCGCAGGUUGUUGUCCUGGGCCCUCGCGGACACCGGGCUCUCGGUGUACGCGGUGGAGCUCGUGUCCACCUUCCAGCUGUGCUGCUGCACGCACGAGCUUAAGCUGCUGUCCGAGGUGGGCGGGAUCGAGACUCGACUCGCGCUCACUUUGACGUACCUGGCGUCCGUGGUCCACGGGCUCACCUUCAGCGGGGCCAUCGGCAACCCCUCCGGUACCCUUGAGCAAGCUUACCGCACGAGGCUCUCGCGCGGUUGCGCCCUGCGGCGGAUCGCGUGCCAGUUUGCUGCGGCCACCGCUGCAAAAGCCGCGGUGCCGGUGAUCUGGGGAAUUGGGUUGUCGGGACUGCACGUGCGACACAAGCUGAACGAUUACCGGUGCAUGAGCCCCAUUCACGCUCCGCUGCCCGAGGCUGCAGCUGUGGAGCUCGCAUGCGCCUUUGCGGUUCAGACUGCUAUAACCCACACGCGCUCGGUGGAGGAGAAAUACCGCGUGCACGCGGUAGCUGCGGUCAUCGCAACAGUGGUCUAUGCAGGUGGAAGCGUGACAGGAGCAGUGUUUAACCCGGCGUUGGCCUUCUCCACACAGUUUCGCUGCAGUGGGAACUCCUUCCUGGAGUACUCUCUGGUCUACUGGCUGAGCCCGCUGCUGGGUAUGAUGAUCUCGGUGCUGCUGUUUGAUAAACUCGGCUCGCUGCGGUCGAGAAAUUCAUCGUCUCUCCGUCUCCCCCCGGAGACCAAGAAGACGGCCUGAGCCUUACCGGCCUGGCGGGGAUUCAAACCCAGAGCAUAUGUGUGGAUGUUGUUAACCACACCGUUAACAAGCGGCUGGUUUCAGUCGCCACGUAUUAGAAGAAGAAGAACAGCACUGAUAUGCACUUUUUCAAAGACCCGAAGAGCACAUCUUAGACGCUAG